ACUGGCGCUGGCGAGGAAAAGAGAAACCAGGAAAGAAAGGCAUCGCAAGUUCAACACGAGAGGUGAGAUGACCUCGUCUGCCCUCGGCCAGUCGGCACCUCUUGUCCCAAACCUGGAGCCUGGGAUGGGGAAGUCUGCAGCCAUGCUGGGGUUGUCUGCCGGGCUGGGAGGAGCAGAGAUGGAGCUGCAGAAAAUGCUCAUUGACGAGAGAAUGAAAUGCGAAAACCACAGGACCAACUACCAGACGCUAAAGGCUGAACACGCCAGCCUGCAGGAUGAGUUCACGCGGGCUCAGGGUGAACUGAGGCGCCUGCUCAGCGACAGGCAGGCUCAGCAGGAGAAGCUGCAGCUGCUGUUGGCUGAGCUACGGGGAGAGCUGCUGGACAAAACCAGGGAGUUGGAGGACCUUCGACUGCAGGUGAUGACCCCUCAGCGGCUGGAGUUGCUCAGAGCUCAGGUGCAGCAGGAGAUGGAGGCUCCAGUCAGAGAGAGGUUCAGCAAACUGGAGGAGGAGACGGAGAAGUACAGGUCUGAGUACAACAAGCUGCGGUAUGAGUACACCUUCCUCAAGUCCCAGUUCGACCACCAGAGAGAGGAACAUGCUCGUAUACUGGAAGAAAGGAGGAUUCGCUAUGAGGCAGAGCUCUCUCGUCUGGAGAAGGAUAGGGAGGACCUGGUGGCUCAGUACCAGGGUUCGGACCUGCUGCGUGAUGGGAAACGCGUGGAGGCUCUGCUGAGGGAGAAAGCUCAGCUCCAUCUACGGCUGAAGGGGCUGGAGGCAGAGGUGGCCGAGCUUCGGGCCCAGAAAGAAAACUCGGGUCAGCAGGCUGAGAACGUCCAGCGUAUCCAGAUCAGGCAGCUGUCAGAGUGUCAGGCUUCAGUGAAGUCUCUGGAGGCGGAGCGUCAGUCAUUGCGCCUGCAGCUGGAGCGGUUGGAGAGCGAGUUUCAUGUGAGCCAAGAGCAGAACAGCCAGCUCACAGGGCGACUGCACAAAGCUGAGAGAGAGGUCAGCUCCCUCACCUGUCAGAUUGAAAGCCUGAAGCAUUCACACAAGCUGGAGGUGGCCACCGUCAAACUGGAGUGUGCCCGCUCUAAAGGGGAAGUGGAAAGGGAGAGAGACACACUGCAGGGCCAGAUGGACGGUCUGCAGGCAGAUGUGGAGCUGCUAAAAGCUGCGUUGGAGCGACACAAAGAAGUUCUGGUGGAGAAGGAGAGGGAAAUGGUCAGGAAGGUGCAGUCUGCCCGUGAAGAGGAGUUCCGCAAAACUGCAGCCUUGCAUGAGGAAAAGUUGGAGUUGGAGAACCGGCUCGCAGCACUGGAGCAGCAGAGGGCGCUGCAGGAUGCUACAGAUCACGCCCAGAAGGAGGAGUGGGAGGAACGUCUCCGCAGUGCCCAGCAAGGCGAGGAGUCAGCCCGCAGAGAAGUGCAGAGCCUGAGAACCAAACUUCAGCAGCAAAGCUCACUGCUUGAGGAGCUGGAGAGACAGAAAGCAGAGAUUGCUGAGCUGCAGCAGCAGAACAGAGAUCUGGGUGUCCAGCUUGGGACGCUGUCGCACUCUGAAAGUGAUUUGAUGGAGGCAAACCAGCGCCUCAGAGAAACACUGGACAGAGUCAGGGAGGAGCUGAGGACGGCCCGAGGUCAGGCUGAGAAGAGCCAGCACGAGGCAGAGAGGAUGCUGGAACACCGUCAGGUUGAGUGGUUGGAGGAGAAACACAAACUGCAGGAGCGAGAGGCCGAGCUGCAGCACAAAUACUCUCAGGUCAAAGAGAAACUGCAGAGAGCAGCGGUGGCCCAGAAGAAGAGGAAAACACUGACAGAGAACAAAGAGAAGAGGCAGCAGGAUAAGAUCCAGUUACUGGAGGCCAAGAUAGAAGAACUGGAACUGGAAGCUGCUGCAGCCAAGAAGCGUUCAUCAUUCUCAGAGGAACAAGCUCAGCUCAGCAGACGGUUGAAGGAACUGCAGCGGCGACACAAUGAGUUUCGACGCCUCCUUCUGGGUGGCCAGGGUCCUUUCAGCGCAGGCCCCGCGUUCCUGAAUUCCUCACCCACCCCGUUCCUCCUCCUCGGGUCUGAGGGGCCAUUAUCCAACAUCCCAGAGGAGCAGCACCAGAGGGAGCUCUCUCUGUUGCGCAGGAGGCUGGAGGAUCUGGAAAGCGCCCAGCAGCAGCAACUGGAAGAACUGGGAUCUCUGGUGCACAGGGACCGGGACCCCGCGCCCCAGCCUGACUUCUGACCCCUACACUACUUCCCAUUGGACAGAGUUACCGGAAACUAUGUCCUAAGCCGAGGCCAUAAAAAGGUACUUUUUAACUCUGCUGGAGAGCUGAAGUCCGGAGCCUGCCACAGCAGCCAGUCCUCACUGAGUGUAUACAAAGCUUUCUCUGUCACACAGUCCACAGGCCCUUUGGCGAUCUGCUGCGUGAGAGCGCUCACCAUCAGAAACAGCUCCAAAGAAGACGUUUUGUGUUGGCAAACAAAUUUCCCCAAAUUUGUGCCUAAUGCAAAAGUGAUAAUGACAAGACUAAAAGUCUAACACAGUGGCUCAAUGAGGGUCUAUUAAUGCACAACAGUGCUUUGAGCUAAAGACUUCCACAGUAUCGACAUCUUCGUACACUAAGAGCAGGUCAUUGCACCCUGACAUACUCACAGUAACCGCAUGUUUACCAUGUUCUUAGUUUAACCUUAGAGCAUAUUAACAUUUGCUAAUUAGGGGAAUGUCAUGGGUUUUACAGGUAUUUGGAGAUACAGUCAGAGCAUUAGCCUGGCUAAAAGUGCUCACAAAGCAAAGAGACAUAAAAGCCACGGACCCGCAGGAAGCCAUAGAGGCAUAUGGACAUCCAGUUGGUCAACAGUUUUUCCACUGUGGACUCGGUGCGUCGUAACAACAGUUUGGGCUGAGCGUUGCUGUGUUGCUGCAUGAGAGCCUUCAGCAGAACCUCCAUUAUCUCUGUCAGGUACAACAAGUUGCCAUGGAGCGAUACGGUUAGCAGAGAUGCCAACGUGCACCUGGAACAACAUGCACAAAGAAAACAGGAUACAGCACGUGAGCUCGUGAGACGAAGAGGAGAGAACAAUACUCAGCAAAAGGAUAACUGAACGGACGAACAGGCAGGAGAUGAAGAGAAUAAAAGAGCUGAUAGAAAUGAGUGAAAGGCAGAACAGAACUGACAUGAGCAGGAAGUUAACAAGAGGAUGAGUGGACUCAUAAAAAGACCCAAGAACAAGAACAGGGCAGUUUACAAGUACGAUAGAGAACAAAAUAAAGCAGAGUUAGACAGAAUGAGCGUGCACCAUAGACGUGAGGAAGAGCGGAUCCUGGAUCAGCCUGGACAAGCUGUGGCAGCACUCAUCAAGCUGAAUCUUCACUGCAUCCUGAUCCCAGCUCUGCUGUACCUCAGGAAAAAAGAUUCUGGAGGCAAAGUGCUUGUAGUCGAGGAAAGGAAUCGCUCCAACGUUUUCCAUCAGGUCACUUUUCUCCGUCUGUAGAUCCACAAAACCUGUGGAGGACAGCUGCUGAGUGAGCUGAGUUUUAUGGACUACAGAUCUGAGUGACACUAAAUCUCAUUUGGUAUGGCUGGAGAAAACUCCUGCUGGAAAAAAACACCCCAUCUUUUCUCCAGAAAAAACACAGAAAGCUGAUUAUAUACAUUUGUCUGCAGGGUCAGAUGAACAGACUUGUGCAGCAGGUAUCGGUUCAUAAGUAACAAAUAAAAAGGGGCAGUGAAAACGGGUGCGGUUUGACAACUGAUCUUACACCUAUGCAUGCUCAAAGACUACAAAUAAGUCCGUGCAUGUAUGUAUGAAUAUAUAAUAUUCGACAUCAGAAAAAGGAACAAGCUCAGGGUAUUUGACACCAGCACGUGUAUGAGGCUCAGUGAACUGAAGACAUUAAAGUGAAGUGGCGUAAAGAUGGGGACCAAUGUGUGAUAAGGCUGAGCUAUUUAUAAGAUACAAUCAGAUGCAGCUUCCUCACUGUGUAGAUGUCAGGUGGUAGCGUGCUGCAGAGAAUUUGCGCAGCUGAGCUCGGAGACAUUUUAAUGUUCGACAGAUUAUAGCAGACAGACUUCAGUGUUAGAAAUGUGGUGCUCAAAUGAAAACCUUAACCCCCACUGCAGUUUUUUUUUAAACUAAAUGGUAAAUGCACCAGAGUUUGCUAAAUCGCUAUUUUUCAGAUAUAUUGUGAGAAGUUGUGACUGACCUUGCCGGAUGUCAUUCCUAAUGUUGAGCUCCAGGUCUCCAAUAAGCUUGUUCAUCUUAGCAGUGAACUUCUUCUGUUUGCUUCGAUAGACGAUCACCACUGCUGCAAAAAAAUAAAGACAGAUGUAUAGAGUUUUGUACAUAAAAAGAGAAGCAGGCUUCCCUGUUGAACUUGACGUGGCAUGUCUCUUUGAGCCUAGUUCUGGAACAAAAUGCAAAACUUAGCUGUAAUCUGUGUACUCACCUACAAUAAUGCAGGCUAUCGGCAGAAGGACGAACAGCAUCAGAAGGAACAGCAUGGAAGAUUUAGCGUGCAGUGUUACUGUCUCAUCUCCAUACUUUAUCUGUAACAACAACAACAAAAAAAAAAAAACUAAAAGCACUAAUCACAUGAUAUUUGAGCACAAACAU